AUGGAGUUUGGAAAAAUCGAUUUUAAGAAAAUAAAGAGUUCAUAUUUAGAAAAUGACUUAAAAAUAAAAAAUGUAGAAAAAGUAAAAACAAAUUUGUAUGCAAAAAAUGAUGAAAUUCGCAAAAUGCUAAGAACCAAUAAUGAUGUUACAAGCUCUUUCAAUAAUUUACAAUCAUUAGAAAUAACCUCAAGUAAGAAUGAUCUACAUAUGAAAUCGGAUUUUAAUGAUCUUAAAAGUUCUAUAGAUGAUGCAGAUAGCCUUAUUGAAAUGGAAUGCCAAACAAAUGAAGAAAAAAACAAAAUAUGGAACUGUGAUGAAUCUGAUGAAUGUAUCGAAUCGAUACGCGUACAAGAUCUAAUGGAUGAAAAAAACUUGGAAAAUUUAAAAGGAGAUGAAGAAAGUCAUGAUACUACAAAAAGAGAAAUAAAUGAUAAAUUUCAAUUAUCUGAAUUUUUUAGAAAAACACAAAAUGCUUAUAAAUCAUUAAAUUUAGAAAAUUUAUUUUUAUGUAACAAUAUUAAUGAUCUAAUUAAUGAUAAAAAUUCAGACAUAAUUAUUGGAAACUAUCCUAAUUAUACACCAAAAGUAUGUACAAAUGAGAAUAAAAAUAUUCAAAAUAAUAUGAUGGGAAAAUUGGGAAUAAUAAAAACAAUAGAAAGAAAAAUUAAAAAAAAUAAAAAUACUUUCCCUAUAGAAAAUAUUUAUAACGCUUUUCGAGGCACUAUAAACGAUUUUAUGGAUUUAUAUGUUCAAAAAGAAGAUAGGAACAUUGAGUUAAUGCAUAAUAAGCUAUAUGAAACAAACAAUGUUUUGAUUCAUAAACCUGAAGUAUAUUUAAAGAAUGAAAAAAAUAGUGAUAUUGAAGAAAAUAUAAAAGGAAAUUCGCCUAUUUUAAAAAAAUACUAUAUAGACAAUAGCAUAUUUAAUUCACCAAAACGCGAUAAUACUAAUAUAAAAAAAGAAUUAGAUCAAGAAAAGGAAAACAAAAAAUGUGCAAAGAACACAAUUAAUAACAACUAUAACGAUAGUUGUAAGAUUCAAACCAAUAGUUUUUAUCGUAAAAAAGAGGCAUUUCAAAAAGAGAAAAAUAGUAGUGAACAUUUGCAUGAAAAAAACAUAUUUUAUGAAAAAGAAAUAUUAGAGGCUAGCAAAUAUGAUACAGUUAGCUAUUUUAAUAAAGAAGAAAUAAAAAAAGACAAAUCAUCGAAUUAUGAUAAUAAUAAAGGUGUGAUUCCGAGUGAAAUAAAUAAAAAGAACCAGAGAAUAAAUAAAAAAUGUAAUAAACAUGUUUUUUCCCAUGAUUCAGACACCGAAAAAUAUGAAUAUUCAAAUAUAAUUUCAGAUUAUUUAUAUAAUCAAAAAAAUGACAAAAAAUUAAAUAUAUAUGGAUUGUCAAAGGAGGACUAUUCUAAUGAUAAAAAUAAACAAGAUACAGAAGAAGUAUAUUAUGAUAAUGAAAAUGAUAAAACUAUUGACAUACAAGUUAAUGAUAAAAAUGUUCUAGAUAUAUCUCCAUUAACUCAUAAAUACAAAUAUAGAUCUAACAUAAUUUUAACGAUAAAUAAAAUUAAAAAUAUAGAAAAAAUAAUUGAGAUUAAUUUAAAUAUUACCGAUGUCCAAUUAAAAAUACCUGGUAUGAGAAUUGAAAAUGUAAUAUUGCCUCAUAAAUAUUCUAAUGAUAUAUUAAAAAUACAAAUAAAAACCUUGAGUGAGGAGAAUGAAAAUGACAUAAAAACGAAUAAAGAAACAAAAAAUGAAGCAACUAGCUAUUAUCAACAAAGCGAUAAAAAUAGUACACAACCAAAUUCUGAUAAUAUGGUAAUAAAAAAAAAUAUGAUAGACAGAAAAACAUGUUCAAUAAAAUGCUAUUACGUACUUAUACCAUUAAAUAAUAUAAACCACGAAAUAAUAAAUAAAAGACUAAUUUUAAUAAAUUCAACAUAUAAAGAAAUGUAUGAGAAAGAAAAUUUAUUACCAGAUACUAUAUAUUUAAUACAAUCUAAAAGUAUUAGUUCGAUAAAAGAAAAAUACAUGUAUAUUUCUAUAAAAAAAUGUGUAAAUGGAAUUUAUUUAUAUCCUAUUUUGAACGAAAACGUUUUAAACGAUUUCAAUAAAAAUCCAAUGAUAAAUUCACAAAAUAAUAACAGUACAUUUAAACCAACAUAUGUUAGCCUAUAUAAUGAUGAAAUAGACAGAGAGAUUGGGAAUUUGAUAAAUACAAAUAAAUUAAUUAAUAAAAUAAAAAUUAAAAAAUUACCAGAGAAGGGGUAUUACAUAAUAAAUGACAUUUGUUUUCGUUUCUUUUUCGAUAAAAACAAUGUGCUUGUUUGUGUUGAUAAUAAUAGGAAGAGUAACAGUGGGAUCAACCAAAUUGGACAAAACUUAGAAAUAGACCAUAUAGGACAUGUUGAAACUGCGAAUUACAUAUUUAAUUUAAUGUCUAGUAAUUUUAUAAUUGUAAAAAGUUCAUUAGAUUUAUUUCCAUCUCAUAUAUUCCCCUUAAUAGAACAAGUAGUUUAUUUUGAUUUUAUAGAAAAAAAUGAAUUAUUAAAAUUAAAAUUUAUAAUGCAUUUUCUAGCUAUAACUGAAGCAAUAUGUAUAAAUUUAUGUUUCCUUUUUAAUAUAAAUGCACAAAUCGAUUCUUUAUUUUAUAAAAAUCUUAAAGCUGUUCAAAUUAAAGAUGAAAAUGAUCAAAAUAAUUUCUUCACUUUUUUGUAUACCUCAUAUGAAGAAAGGGUUCAAAAUAAUGGUAAGCAUUGUCCUUAUUUUUUGAAUUAUUCAAAACCUCUUAUAUUCCGAUUUCAAAGUGAAAAUGAAUUGAAUAAUAUUAGUCAUGCCGAUGUUGAAGGGCAUACUAAUUUGGGUAAUACUUCAGAUGAACAUAGAAUAAAAUGUGAAGAGGAAAUAAAAAAGAAAAAAGAAAUUGAAAAUGGGAUAAAAUUAUUAAAAAAAACAAAUGAUAAUGAUUUUUUUAUAUAUGAUUAUGCAAGAAAGCAAUCUAUUUUUCUGUACAAUGCUAUUAAAAAUGAUGAUGCUAUUAAGAAUAUAGAAAAUAAUUAUGAUAAAAAAAAGCAAAUAUUUUAUACACAUAGCUAUACAAAAAAACAGUUUCAAGAUUAUUAUAUUAAUAUUUUGAAUAGAUAUAAUCAACUGCUACAAAAAGAAAAGCACAAAGAAGACUAUUCUUUUAGAAGAGAGGUUGAAACAUUACAAUCUAAUAUCAGAGAUGGUCAAGAUGUAAAAAGCUAUUUUGGUAAAAAUGAUAAUAACAUAUUUUCAGGGGGUUUAAAUCAGUUUGACAAAUGUAAUGAAAAAAAAAGAGAGGGUAUUAUUAAAAGUAGCAAUAAUAAGGAAUGGCAAGAUAAUAAAUAUACAGAUAAUUAUCAAAAUAGUAAGCAAACUUUUAGUGAUAAAAAAUUUGAACAAAAUAUUUACACUGAUGAAAAUAUUCAAAACUUAAAUAAUAACUUUAGUAACACAAAUCAAGUUAACAAUAAUAUGGAAUAUAUCUUUCCAAAAAAUCAGUGUCCCAGUAGAAUACAUAAUGAAAUUAUACAAGAAGAUUUUCCUUAUGGAGAAUAUAAAAAUCAUGGAAAAAAAGAAGAUGAUGAUGAAUAUCUAAAACAUAAAGAAGAUGAUAAUUUUCAUUCAUAUAAAAUUUAUGAAAGUGUGAACAUACCACAUGACAUUCAAAGCAUGGAAGUACCUUAUGAAUUUCAGAAUGUAGAAGAUAUUAAGAAAAGUAUUGAACAAAAUAACAAUAUUAGCAGUAGUUUUAGCGGGUUUAGCAGUUUUGGUGCUGAAAAAGGAAACGAUAUAAAUGAUUAUUUGGAAAAAGAAGAUAAUAUUAGAGAAAUUAGUAUAGAUAGACAUAAAAAUGUGAAUUUCAUUGAAUAUAAUAAAACAUAUAAUGAUGAAUAUAGUAGAAAAUAUUGCACUCAAAAAAAUGAUGAUAAUUUUUCUAAAAUAUAUAAAAAUAACAAUUAUGAAAAUUCUCAAGAAUAUUCUAAAAAUCAAGAUUUCUCUUAUUAUUACAAUCAGGAUAAUAAUUUAAAUAAAAAUUAUAUGAACGAAUAUGAAUCUAUACAAAGUGAUAAUAAAAAUAUAAGCGAUUCGAAUAGCUUGGAUAAGAGAUGUAAAUUAAUUAGACAGAAUGCAAAUAACUUUUAA